CCUGUACUCCGACGCUCCCGGGAGCCUCGUCCUCACCCCCAGCUCAGCUCCUCCUCCCUCAGCUUCUGGGCCCAGUCGGGCGGACGGGCCGCUCGCGACCAGGCAGAACACAGAGGAGCUCCGCAGCGGCGGCAUGGAGGAGGAGCUGGCGUGGGAGACCCAGGGCCUGCUUCCUCUGGAGAGGCAGCUCCACGAGGCUGCCCACCGGAACCACGUUGGGAGGAUGAAGGAGCCGAUCGGGAGGAGAGUACACAUCAGGGCCAGAAAUCACGUGGGCAGGGUGGCCCUGCACCGGGCUGCGGGUGCAGGGCACGAGCAGGCUGUGCGGCUGCUCUUGCCAUGUCCUCUCCCCAAGUUUGGGAUGAAUGCGCUUCUCCUGUCUGCCUGGUUCAGUCACUUACGGAUCCUCCAGAUCCUGGUCAACUCCGGGGCCAAGAUCCACUGUAAGAACAAGGACAGCCUGACCUUACUGCACUGCGCAGCCCCAAAAGGCCAUGUGCCAGUGCUGGCGUUCAUAACAGAGGACCUGGAGGACGUGGCCCUGGACCACGCUGACAAGCUGGGAAGUACAGCAUUUCAUCGGGCUGCAGAGCACGGGCAGCUGGAUUCUCUGGACUUCCUUGUGGGCUCUGGCUGUGACCACAGUGUCAAAGACAAGGAGGGGAACACAGCCCUUCACCCGGCCGCCCGCUGGGGCCACCUGGCCGUGCUGCAGCAGCUUAUGGACAUCAGGCUGGACCUGGAGGAGAGGAAUGCGGAAGGUCUGACUGCCCUGCACGCAGCUGCUGAAGGGAUCCACCCCGACUGUGUGCAACUCCUCCUCGGGGCCGGGAGUAGCGCGAACGCCCUCACCCAGAAAAAGCAGAGCUGCUUCCACUACGCAGCCCUCGGUGGCUCUGAGGACAUGACCUGGGCCCUCGUCCAUGCAGGAGGAAGCACUAACGUGGCUGAUCACGUACGCGCCUCUCCUGUGCACAUCACCGUGAGGCACAACUUCCCCGUCCUGGUGCAGCUCCUUAUCGACACCGGCAGUGACCUGGACGCCGUUGACAAUGCAGUAGACACCCCUCACCUUGCCGCCGAGCACGCCUGGCAGGACAUAGUGGGUAUUCUCCUCAUUGCUGGGGUUAACUUAAACCUGAGAGAUAAGCAAGGAAAAACCACCUUGCCAGUGGCCACCCACAUCAACCAUGUCAGCCUGGUGGAAAUGAUCAUAAAAGCCGAUUGCUUCUACAGAUGGGAGAAGGACCAGCUGUCAUGCAGGGACCUCUGUGACCCCUCUGGGAAGAGCUUGACCUUUAAGCAGGACCAUCGGCAGGAAACACAUCAGCUCCGCUCUGUGCUGUGGUGACUGGCCUCCAGGUACCUGCAGCCCCACAAGUGGAAGAAGCUGGCGUAUUGCUGGGAGUUCACCGAGGCCCACGUCCACGCCAUUGAGCAACAGUGGACAGGCACUGAGAGCUACCGGGAGCACGGGCACCUCACAGCCAGUGAGAACCCCAGCAGAGUGCUCUUCAAAGGCCUCGUCGCCAUUGGCAGGAGGGACCUGGCUGGUAAGUGUCCCCCCGCCCGCCUGCUGCUCAGGGCAGCCCCGGGUGCGAGUCAGAGUUGCAUGGCCCCGCUGGAAUGCAGCAGGGCCCUCCAAGGCUGCUCAGACCACGGCGCUGUGGCGCUGGCUCUGAACCUUUCAGAUUGA